CCCCCUCCGCCUCCAUGCUGUUACUGCACAGUUUGUGUUUCUGCCCACGCAGCCCACGUAUGCGCAGAAAAAAGCAAGGCUACCUCGGUGAAAAUGCCUCUGGCCAAAGACCUCCUCCACCCUUCUAUUGACCACGAGAGAAGACAACAUAAAAAGAAAAGACUUGUUCAGAGUCCAAACUCCUACUUUAUGGACGUGAAGUGCCCAGGCUGCUACAAGAUCACCACUGUGUUCAGCCAUGCACAGACUGUGGUACUCUGUGUGGGAUGCUCAACUGUGUUGUGCCAGCCAAAAGGAGGAAAGGCCAGACUGACAGAGGGUUGCUCUUUCAGGAGGAAGCAACAUUAAAAAGGGAUGACCCACUUAAUCAUGUCUGUAAUUAAGCCAUGCUGUUGAAAAAUACCUUAUUUUAGCAUUGAUUACAAUGUAGUUGUGCAUUCACUGAUGACAGGUUCUGUCACUGUACAAAUGUUCAGCUUUUACAAUAAAUUUCUAAACUGACUUGCAACAUUUUUAAUAUGCAAAAUACUAAAAGUAAAAUCUCACUAAAUCAAUAAAGAAUUCUGUUAUAAAA